AUGUGCCUGUCUCGUGUUCUGUGCUCUUGCAAUCAAGAGGUGUUCGUAGCGCUGCUGGUUCUCAUGAUCGUGCGGCCUUUUGAAGUGACUCAGUUCCACUUUUUCCCUUCCACCUCCCCUCCCCCUGUCCUUCAGGUGCUCAAUCCAGAGGUGCGCAAUCUGGAGGUGUUCAUAGCGCUGCUGGUGAUGGUGAUAGCGUGCUGCUUCUUCAUUGAGAUGGGGCAUGCACCAGUGGAUGGCAUGGCUGUGUUAGAGGGCAUGUUUGUCCCGCGCAUACAAGACCUGGGUGCACUCGCCAUCGCCAUCUCGCUCAUCGGCGCUCUGGUCAUGCCGCACAACCUCUUUCUGCACUCCGCACUGGUGCUCAGCCGCAAGCCCCAGCGCACCAGUCAAGGCAUCAAGGACGGGUGUCUCUACUCAUUAUUGGAAGUGGCAGCGGCGCUCAUCAUCAGUUUCGCCAUCAACGUGGCAGUCAUCUGUGUGGGCGGGGCAGUCUGCUCCGCGCCGGACCUCUCCCCGGACGUGCAGGCGAGCUGCAGCGACAUCAGCCUGAGCAACGCCUACUUCCUGCUGCGCGACGUGCUGGGCGCGUGGGCGUCCACGCUCUUUGGCAUUGCUCUGUUAGCCUCAGGGCAGAGUUCCACGAUCACGGGGACGUACGCGGGGCAGUAUGUGAUGUCGGGGUUUCUGGAGCUGCACCUCGCGUCGUGGCUGCGCAACCUGCUCACACGCCUCGUUGCCAUCGUGCCGUCGCUCGCUGUUGCCAUUGUGGCUGGCGCUACGGGCGCCGGCAACCUCAUCAUUGCAUCCUCGAUCAUCCUGUCAUUCGGCCUGCCGUAUGCGCUCAUCCCUCUGCUCAAGUUCACAAGCAGCCCUGUCAAGAUGGGUCCCUUCACCAACCACCCCACGGUCACUGUAGCUGCAUACAUCAUUGGCACUGUAGUUAUCUUUGUUAAUUGCGUGCUCGUGGUGCAAGCCUGUGUCGAGUACCUGGUAUCAGACAACCUGCCCCAAACCGCCCAGAUCCCCCUUGGGAUUGCCAUAGCCCUCGUGCUCGUCAUAUACGUUGUCUCCCUUGCGCUGCUCGCGCGGCGGCCUGUAACGGAAGUUACAUACAUUUCGGCCAAUGAGGGGUCGAGUGCUGAGCUUGAUGCUUAUAUGAGCUCUCCCCCUCAUGACUUUGCGCGGAGUGGGGGGGAUGGUGAUGAGGAUGGGAAGGGAGAGGUGGAGGGUGGUGGAGAGGAGUGUAGAGAGGAGGGGGGAGAUGACACAGGGGAGGGAGGAUCGAUAGAGAUGACGAAUGUGGUGCUGGAUCGGGAAGGUGGUGUUGAGGAAGUGGAUGAGGAAGGAGGGAGGGUUGAAACGAGGGAGGGAUUGAAAGAGGAGUUGCUAGAAGCUGGACACAUGGAUAGCUCCUCGCUAGCCCAAAAAACAACAUCCGCCGGCGUUAAUGAGGGGCGCGAGGGGAGUGACUUUAGCGGGGGGAGGAUGAAGCGGGAGCAUAACGCGCACGAGGCGGUGGUGUACGCGCGGAACCUCAACGAGUACAACGCCGCGGCGCUUGAGCUAUCGCGCUCCCGAAAGCCGUACCUGCUGCGCACGCUGUACGGAGACAUGCUGAUGGACGGCGUGCAGCCCAACUUCGUGACGUUCCAUGCGGCCAUCACGGCGUGCAUGCGCGCCAACCGCCUGCACGACCUCGUCUUCUUCUUCAACCAGAUGCGCAGCCGCGGCAUCACGCCCGAUCGCUACAUAUUCAACUGUGUCAUGACGGCGUACAGUCGCAGCGGGCACGUGGAGAGGGUGUUCCGCGUGGACUGGGACAUGCGCGCUGCAGGGCGCCCGCCCAACAUCCGCACCUACCACGCGCUGCUCACCGCCUGCACCACCACCGGCCGCUUCGACAAAGCCGCAGAGGUGCAGGAGCGAAUGAGCAAGGAUGGCGUGGCGAUGAACAAGUUCUGCUACGCUGCACUCAUAGCCAUGCACCAGCGCGUGCGCCCCUCCUCCCCGCGCAUUGUUGCCAAGAUAUUUUCUCUGUGUGUGUGGCUGAUGGAGGUGGGGGAGAGGGGGGGACUGCAGGGGAGUGAGGCAGCAUUCCGACUGGUGCGGAUGAUAGAGGAGAGUCACAUUGUCCCGGAUGCUGCCCUGCAGACUAUCCUCUUCAGGGUGCAUCUGCAGGCGGGCAACGAGGCAGAGGCACUCAAGCUGGCUGACCUCUACUACGGCCCACAAGCCCGCCCCUACAUCGACCAGUUCGUGCAAGCCAUCUCGUACAGUCUGAGGGAGCUGCGACCCAUUGGCAUGAAUGUCGCCCUGCAACUGCUGGAGCUGUUUUUCAACCACGGUUUCUACUUCACGCGCAAGCAGGGCAGCCAGCUGCUGCAGGAGGCUCUCACCAGCGAUAGGCGCAGCAUGGCGGCAGCGGAGAGGCUGUUUGACCACGUGGUGGCGAAGCACCAGGCGCCUGAGUUUGAUGCUGUGCUGGACUUCAUGCGCGCCCUAAGAGCGCCUGAGUUUGACGCCGUGCUGGACUUCAUGCCCGCUCUCCAGGUGAGAAGGGGCUUUAAGGGUGAGCUUGACGGGCUGUAA